AUGAAGUCUACAAUAAAUAAUGGCACCUUGGCGUUAUAUUUAUUCAUUUGCAUCUCUUUCUUUCCUUUAUUAGACGCUGAAAACAAACUAGUUACCGAAACUUGUCAAAAGCUCAAGGAAAAGGAUCUUUGCCUCUCAAGGCUAGGAGCUGAACAGGCCAGCCAAGACGCAAAGGACAUAGUCGCUCUCACAUUGAUCGCCAUCAAUGUCGCCGCCAGCAACGGCUCGGAAACCGCAACGUUCAUCCGGACGACACUCUCCGAGAGCGCCGAAACUUUAGCUCCUACCACGGAGCAGAAUUUCGAAGAUUGCUCGGAGAAUUUCGAAGACGCGAUGCAGGACCUCGAUGAUGCCCUGGCACUCGUUACGUCAAGGGAUUUCAAGGGUAUGAAAACCGAGGUGGGAACCGCGCUGGACGACGCCAACGAGUGCGCAGCCGCGUUGAAUCAAGGCGAAGGGAAAGACUUGGAGCUGUUUAAUAGGACUAACAACUUCCUCCAACUAUGUUCUAUUGUCGACGACCUAGCCCAUAUUUUGGCUCCGAGUCACGACGGCGCCGAUGGUCCGAAUUCCGACAACGGUGAUAAUUUGGCUCCGAAUUCUGGCAAUGGUGAUAAUUUGGCUCCGAAUUGA